UAAAAGCGUCUCGAGUACGAAUACGGUUGGGCAAAAAAAUUUGUGAACGAACGAACGUAGGGCAACUCGUGAAAUACACUCGUAAUACACUAACACUCUCACCACACUUGCUUAGAGGCGAAGUUAGUGAUCGCGAAAGGUGUGCGAGCAGCGACAAAGGAUUCAACGAUUCGGUGGAGUCAAAAGUAAAAAAAAAACUUGUGCAACGAUCGCUAAAAGGAUUCUAGCAAAGGAGUAGAAAUGGAGAUUUUGUCCGCCAGAGUGUCGUUUGUCGCGUUGGUUGUGCUCGUUGCUUGUGUGCUGUUGGUGCAAGCACGACCACAGGCGCCUGAACAACCAGAGCCGUAUGAAUAUCAAUAUGAGGUUAAGGAUCCCGAAAAAGAACUAUUCUUUAACAAAAACGAAGCAGGCGAUGCUGCUGGAAAGGUAUCUGGUCAAUACUCUGUGUGGCUGCCCGAUGGCCGCCUUAUGACCGUUGCCUACACAGUGGAGGGUGAGAAUGGCUUUGUACCUAAAGUGACGUUCGAUACAACAAACCCACUGGGUUAGAAAGCGGCUGAAACAAGCAAAUAAGAACACGCAAUAACAAAAAAAACGCAUAUCAAGGAGUACAAUCAAUCAAACAAUCAAAUGGAAAAUGUGGAAAAUGUUAAAAGACGUGGUGAUGGUAUAAAUACAACUACAAUAAAAGCAAUUAGAACUUUUUAGGAGAAAGCGAAAAAUAAAUAAGUAUUUAGUUAAUUAUUAGCUAAGUGGUAAUAUGCAAAAAAUAGCGAAAUAUUGCAUAUUUAAGAAAGCAACAACACACACACAUACAUACACAUAAUUAUAUAUGUCCAGAGCGAGAUACGCAAACAGACAUAGGUACGCAAAGGCAUAAAUACAUGUAUGUAUGGCUAAACACAUAUGGAGGACUUAAGCAUUAACAUUGAAUUAAAAGGCUUGUGUGCAGCAACAACAAUAAGAAGAAAACUACAAGUUCUUCGCCAUUAAAAUGAAAUUAUCUUUUAAAUGCGAGCAUUGUAAAUAAAUUUUGAAAUAUACAUACAUAUGUUUUUUCGCACUUAUCGACGUGCACACAUAUGUAUGCAUAUCUUUUCUCAUUCUGUCAAUUUCUACACUUUAGUUACAUGAUGUCUUCAACUAUAUUUUAUAACUUUUUUACAUAUGUUAAAUAUUAUACUACGAUUUUGAUAUUGUUAAUUUUAUAUAAUACUACAUAUGCAUAUAUAUAUUUGUAUUAAAUGUACAUCAUCUUCUUCGCUUUAUGCGCGGAAAGCGUUCAGCGUUCACUAUGUACCUUUGACAAUACAAAUCAAAAAAUAACAAUAAUUGCAAAUAUGCAAAACGAUAUUUGUUACCGUUACACAUAAGAAUGAAUGGAAAAUGGCUCAAUUAUAAAGUAAUAAAGGAUUUCAACUUAAAAGAGACCACUAAA